AAAAAAGGUAAAAUGUGCUUGCAUGUGGGCCUGAGCGAACGGAAGUGCGGACGCCGUCCACAGUGAGACAACCGAGCCAUGGAUCGGGAAGCCGCCGGCGUCCUGAUCCAUGGACCAGAUCACCGGAUUCCGAUAGCUCCGUGACGUCGCACAGUAAAUGCGGGUAGGUGCGCUGCUGGUAGGUAAGGCAGCUAAAUCGGGAUAGGUUUUCUACUCGGGCGACCGGACAGUGGGGAUAUCUACUGCGGCGAUGGCGGUAGAAAGCUCGGAAGAUCACCGGCGGCCAUGGAGUUCCUGAUGCAACCUAUAAACAGACCACUACUAGAGGAGGUGAAUGACAACGACGGCAGCAUGGAGCCGAUGCGGUUUGCGGCGAGCGCCGCGCCAGGGUUAGAUGUUCCACCGGGGGCAGUUUCUAGUGCGGACGGCCAAAUUUUCCUGGAAAGGGAGUCGCCAGAGGCAGGGAGUGCAGAGAAGGCGCAGUGUUUAGAGCAGUCAAUAGAGCAAAUGGACCCAAAAACGCCAGGAUGGACACAAAGGUACCACUGAUUCUCGUUUGGUAUUCCGUAUGCUUUGAACUUACAGUAGUAAAGAAAUUAGAAGGAAAAACGUAGUUAGUAGCAGAAGAUGAUAGGUCAGUGGAAAUUCAGACAUUGUAUAUCAUGUAUGAGUUGUCUUCUGGAGGAAAAAAGUGAUGUGAAAAGUACAAAGUGUGAAAUGGGGAUAUCAUAUAUUAAUUGUGUGGAUUCGCUCAUGAGAGUAGAGAUAUAUAAGCUGUCAACUGCAAUAAUUCUUCAUGUCAGGCAUACAUGCUUCAGUUUUCAGUAAACCAAAAGCACCACCUUAAUUGUGCAUUCUAGAUUUGAUGGAAAAGUACAUACAGCCUAUAUGUAGCUGAUUGAUAUGUCAGACCUGCAUAAUUCAGUUUCAACAUAGUGAACAAAAAUAUUAUGUGUCCUUGUUUUGCCCAUUGAGUAGAGUGUGCGUGGGUGCUGCUGCUCCCAGUAGGGCUCCUUGUGCAGAUAGAGUAACCGCCUUCGAGAAGACUGUACGGCAAUUUGCGGACGAUCCAGGUGACAUUGUAAUUGUUCCAAAGAUAGGAACAUCAUUCGACACACUUGGUGAAGCAUAUGACUUCUACAAUUUAUAUUCCUGGGAAAAAGGCUUUGGAAUUCGGUACAGAAAGAGCCGGCUAAAUGUGAACCGGAUGAAGUGCAUGCAGGAGAUAGUCUGUGGAUGUGCGGGGAAGCCAAUUGUGGAGACCACGCGGUCUUGUCGCUGUCAGUGUCCCGCGCUAGUAAGGCUGUUGCAUUCAAAGGAUAAUGGAUGGUACAUAGCGGAGCACCGGGAUGUGCACAACCAUGCAUUGACACACACAUAUGGACAGACACUCCAUUGGCCGUCGCACAAGCAUAUUGAUCAAUACAGUAGGGACCUUGUGAAACAGCUGCGGCAAAAUAAUGUGAAUCUAGCAAAAGUGUAUAGUAUCAUUGGUAGCUUCUUUGGGAAGAUGGAGAAUGUACCAUUCACGAAGAGGGCUUUGCGGAAUCUGUGUGGGAAGAUUAGCCGGGAAUAGUCAGAAGACGAUGUGAGGAAAACAAUGGAAGUAUUCCAAGAACUGUGUUCAAAGGACCCCCAAUUCACUUAUUGUGUGGACGCAGAUAAGGAGGGCGGGAUUAGCACUUUGAUGUGGGCUACCGGCAAUAGCAGGCUGCAGUACAGCUUCUUUGGUGACGUGGUUACAUUCGAUACAACUUACCGGACAAACCUCUACAACAUGCCGUUUGGUUUAUUUGUGGGUGUGAACAAUCAUUUUCAGAGCAUAAUCCUGGCUGGAGUUUUGGUGCGAAGUGAAACAGUUGAAACAUUUGAAUGGGUUUUCUCAGAAUUCAUUAGGAUAAUGGGUGGUAAGGCACCGCAAACAAUCUUGACAGAUCAUAACAGGGCUAUGGAGGUGGCCAUAAGUAAGGUGAUGCCCGGCACAGCUCACCGAUGGUGCAAGUGGCAUGUGCUAAAGAAGGCAAAAGAGUCACUUGGUCCCUUGUAUUCAAAAAAUAGUGACUUCCGGCCCGAGUUCCGCAAGGUUGUCAAUCACAUGUUAACCAUAGAGGAGUUUGAGGAGGGAUGGAAAUACCUAAUAGAGAAAUACAAUCUGAAGAACCAUGAUUACAUGACAAAUUUGUAUGAGAUAAGGCACAAGUGGGCGAAGCCUUUCUUCAAAGGUGUGUUCUGCGCAAAAAUGACUAGCACACAACGGAGUGAAAGUGCUAACCACAUGUUAAAGAACUAUGUGCCGCCUGGGAGCCCAAUGCAUAUAUUUGUAAGGAAGUAUAUGAGCUUAAUAUUUGACAGGGAGGCAGAAGAGAAUUAUGAGGAGAAGCAUACAACAAUAGGGAGGCCACUCAUGCGAGCAAAUUUGGCUACAGAGAGGCAUGCUGGGAAAAUAUACACUAGGGCUAUGUUUGAGCAAUUCGGACAUAUAUUGUAUGAGUGCGGUGCAUAUCAGGUUGAGGAGAUUGAGAAAGGAAAAGAAUACAUUGCAAUACAUACCGAUGCAGCGCGUAGGGAAAAGUGGUGUAAAACGUCAUACAAGGUAUCAGUUAUGGAAGGAGGGGAUGAGUUUGACUGUGAGUGUGGCCAGUUUGCACACAUGGGCCUGCUCUACAGCCACGCCCUGAAGGUAAUGGACUUCAUCCGUGUGACGGAGAUCCCAAAAAAACACAUUCUGAAGCGGUGGACACGAGAUGCAAGAGAUAUCCUUCCAGCACACCUCACACAGUACCAGCGGGACAAUGCUCAAGAAAACCCAUUUAGUUUUCGGCAUUUCAAUAUGUAUAUGAAAGCCAUGGAACUUGUGAGAAUGGGAGACUGUAGUGUGGCCGCUUAUGAGCAUCUGAUUUCAUUGUUCAAACACUGUGCAGCAGAGAUGAAGCCAUUCACAGAUCUGCGGGGUGGUUUGGGUUUGGAAGAUAGGCUAGGAGAUAAUAUGAAGUCCCCAUCAACACCGUGUGCAGGAACAGAAGGUGAACAUGUAACAAUUGGGGCUGGUGACUGCAACUCGGCAAACGAGUCUGGUAAUGUUCUCUCAACCUUGCUGCCGCUAGCUAAACGGAAGCAAAUUGGAAGACCAACGACAAGUAGAGAGAAAGCGCCAUACGAGGGUUUAAGCAAGAGAACACAAUUUUGUGGGAUAUGCAGGCAGCAAGGCCACAAACGCACAACAUGCCCUCAACAGGGGGAUGUACCGAAACAACCUCGUAAGCUGGCGAGAUGCAAGAACUGUGGCAUCGAAGGGCACCGCCGGAACAAUUGCCACAAGGCUGCAGAACUUAGGCUGACCUAGUGAUGUAGAACCUAGUGGAUCAUCCAGUUCUAGAUGAGAGAUAUUUCAUUUAUGGUUGUAAGAGAACUUGUAAUAAGUUUGAAUUAUGGCUAAGCGAGUUCUACCUGUAACGGAUAAGUGGAUUGAUUCUGUCAGUACGGUGUGUUCGGAAUUUUCUGAAGUUUUUCAUCAAAAUUAUGAUGAACUAGAUCCUGCUUACCAUGUA